CAGGAAGCUAAGCUAAGCAUGGAAGACUUGAGACUAGCUGCAAAACAUUACUUUGGAGCGGGCUACGAGAAGUAUAAACAAGAAGCUGAUGAGAGCGGAGAAUCCAUGGAGGAACUCUACAUUGGUAUGGCUAAGAUUAGCAUACGUAAGUGUAGCGCAUGUCGCGCUAUUCUCGCAGGUUUCUACUUCUGCUGCAUCGAAUGUGAGUUCUACAAUGGCUACAAUCUCUGCCUCAACUGCUUUUACGAGGAUGUAACACUCAAACACCAACAUGACUCCUUCGCCGAUAAUCACAGUAUACUCACCAUGGUUAAAAAUGGCAGUCGCUAUCCGCCCUGUGAUAUUCAAAAGAAGCCAAAAGGAAAAGGUCUUCAACAUCCCCCUCCUGUCCAAGUCCAACAAACAAAAAAAUUGGACAAGGGAAAAGGCAAGCAAGAUUCCAACGCAAGUAGUGAUUGUAAGUCAAUACGCCGCAAUAUUCCAGGUUCAGCGGACUCAAGUGAUUAUAAGUCAAUACGCCGCAAUAUUCCAAGUUCAACGGACUCAAGUGAUUAUAAGUCAAUACGCCGCAAUAUUCCAAGUUCAACGGACUCAAGUGAUUGUAAGUCAAUACGCCGCAAUAUUCCAGGUUCAACGGACUCAAGUGAUUGUAAGUCAAUACGCCGCAAUAUUCCAGGUUCAACAGACUCAAGUGAUUGUAAGUCAAUACGCCGCAAUAUUCCAAGUUCAACGGACUCAAGUGAUUGUAAGUCAAUACGCCGCAAUAUUCCAGGUUCAACGGACUCAAGUGAUUGUAAGUCAAUACGCCGCAAUAUUCCAGGUUCAACAGACUCAAGUGAUUGUAAGUCAAUACGCCGCAAUAUUCCAGGCUCAACGGACUCAAGUCAUUCCAAAUCAAUAAUUCCACUUCCAAAUUUAAGAGACUCAAGUCAUUCUAACUUAUUACGCUGCAAUAUUUCAGGUUCAACGGACUCAAGUCAUUCCAAACCAAUAAACCAUGACUCAAGUUUAAAAGGCUCAGGUCGUCAUUCAAAGUCGACACACCAUGGCUCAAGUUCAACAGAUCCAAGUGAUUCCAAGGCAAUAAUUCCAGUUUCAAAUUUAAGAGACUCAAGUCAAUCCAACUCAACCGGCCUUUCCGUGAGGAAGAUUAUGAUAGAUAAAAAAGGUAUAGAGGCGUUGGCAAAUGUCGCACGGGCUCACUACGAUGCGGCCCCUAAGAAAAUCAGGAACUCCGCAGAUGAGUUCUUCUGGAGUAUGGUGAAGCAGGAAGGAAAAACCAGGGUAGCCAUGGAAGAUUUCGUGGAAUCCAUGAAAGAAAAGAGGUAUCCAGAAUAUGCCCUCCCGGAGCUUUUCAAAAUGGUAGUGAAGGAUAGAAAUGUGGGUAUGAGUAUCAUGGAAUCCAGGACUAUAUACUACAUUGUUGUGAGUGGAAGGCCAUUCUGCAGCUGGUGUAAUUGCUUCAUCUGUGACGUAUAUUUCUGCUGCUCUAAAUGCUCCGCCCGCUCUUACGCUCUGUGCCUCCGUUGUUACUCCGCCAAAGCUUAUGUUAACCAUACGCCGCACUAUAAGGACGCUGAUGUCUUCUUCUUGGAUUACUCUGUACUGCACUCCACCAUCAAUGUUAAUGUUACCCCUGCUGCAUCACAUUCACACCGGGAGGGAGGCGGAUCCUCCAGGGCAAUUGUGGAAAGGAAUCCGCGUGAUGAUAGAGUGGUGGGUGCAUUGAGGGUAGGACAGGCAAUACUCAACGUCGGCGCUGCGGUUCUGACAAUUGCCAGUACUCUUGGUGCUUGCACCAUCAUGUGAUGUAGGUGAUGACCUGAUGAUCAAACAAGUAUGCAUGCCGGCCAAGUUGCCUCUUAUCUUAUUGAACGUAAUUGGAGGGCACAUAUUUAUUUGAUCCCAAAUUGAGGAAUAAUACUUUUCGUUUUAAAUAAAUUAAAGUUCAAUUUUUUGAACCACUUGAAAGGUUAUGUUCAAAUGCAUUAUUACUAGGUUGUUUUGGAUUUUGAAUUGUACUAUGAUUGUGUAAUAUUUGGUGACUGCUGGUCAGUUGCAGAUGGCAUAUCUUCAAAUCUUGUAGAUUCUAUUAUUUGUUUGAGAAACAAAUUAAAUAGAGACUAUAAGGAGAGAUGGUCA